AUGCAAUCCACACGUGCCAUGCCUGCCAGCGACACCGAACAGCUGCCUGAAACCCAAGCGCCACCUCCCACCACCGAGGAAGCUUCGCAGCGCCAAGCCUGGUCAUCCGAAGGAUAUGGGCUGCCUCCCACCACUACGCAGCUUUUCACCCUUUCAUACCUGGUCUUCUUCGCCAUUUUCGGCACUUUGGCGCGUCUCGGUCUCCAAGCCCUGACCAUCUACCCGGGAGCGCCCGUGGGAACAGGCGUCCUCUGGGCCAACGUAGGAGGAUCGCUACUAAUGGGCUUCUUCCUCGAGGACAAGAACCUCUUCCGCGAAGAAUGGGGUAGUGUGAACCCAAACAACAACAAUACCACGGGAACCGACCCGAGCGCCGAAUCGAAACGUCACAAGUCUGUUAAAAAGACAAUCCCAUUAUACAUCGGCCUAACAACCGGCUUCUGCGGCUGCUUCACCUCCUUCUCGAGCUUCAUCCGUGACAUCUUCCUCGCGCUAUCCAACGACCUGUCGGACCCCUCAGCCCCCAAUGGCGGAUACAGCUUCAUGGCCCUGGUAGCUGUCAUCCUGACCACAGUCGCGCUCAGUCUCAGCGCGCUCAUCUUUGGUGCCCAUCUCGCGCUCGCGCUCGAUCCCGUAACCCCCUCCUUCCCCUUCCGCUUCACGCGCCGAUUCAUAGACCCCCUCUUCAUCAUCCUCGGCUGGGGGUGCUGGCUGGGGGCCGUCUUCCUCGCAAUCUGGCCUCCGGAUCGCCAUGACAAUGGACCAGAGUUCUGGCGUGGUCGCGCAGUGUUCGCUGUCGUUUUCGCACCGCUCGGCUGCUUUCUGCGUUACUAUGUUUCUCUCGUGUUGAAUGCCCGACUCCCCUCCUUCCCGCUAGGUACGUUCGCCGUGAACAUCUUCGGAACUAUCAUCCUUGCCAUGUGCUAUGACUUGCAGCAUGUUGAUGGCAUCGGGGCCUCCUCGCUUGGCUCUGGGGCUAGUUCGUCGAUACUCACGAGCUGCCAGGUGCUUGCUGGUGUUAUGGAUGGGUUCUGCGGUUCAGCAACUACAAUUAGUACGUGGGUGGCUGAAUUGAAUGGGCUGAGUCGGCGACGACAUGCCUAUUUCUACGGAAUUAUUAGUAUUGGGGUUGCGCUGGGAUUUUUUGUAAUUAUUACGGGUUCCUUGAGGUGGACGAGGGGGUUCGUAGAGCCCGUUUGUAAGUGA